UCUACACAUACGUAAAAACAUAUGCGUUUAUUCCCCACAGAAUGCGUGAUCCAUCGAGCGCACUAUGCGGCUGCUGCGUCUCCAUGUUCUGUGCUUAGGCGUCUGUUUGUCCGCGGCCGCAGGCGACGAACCCCAAGGAUGUGUUAUCACGGAAAUGAAAAAUAGGCCUGCGAAACUAAAUCGGGAUACGCUAGGAAAACCCCUUUACCUGUGGCCUGGUUCCUCUCUGUUUAUGCUAUCCUUAAUACUGCUUUUAAAUAAUGGAACUGAUGAAGAUACCGCCACUGUCAAUUUGAAGAAUGAGACUCAGCUUCUUCCUAAGAACUGGAACAAGAUAGAAUUCUCAACCACAAAGAUAAAUGACACGAACUUUCCAACUGUGUCCAUCCCGGCUGUCAAUGAGACUCAUAUUCAACGGAACUGCUCAAAUUGUUCACUGAAGGAACUACAAAUAAAAAUAGAAGGAAGUGCCCUGAUUACCUAUAAUUGUUCAAACAAUGCCAACCCUCCAGCUCUCUUCGCUGACCAUUACAAGGAAGCAGGCUGCACGAGUGGGGAAAUGGCACCAGAGACGUGCACGUCAUGUAAUGCUUGGAAAUACAGUUUGCUGCUUCUGCCGAUCUGUUUCCUCUCGAUCCUCCGCAACAUUUGGACCUUAGUAAAACACAGGAGGCGUAGCGCAGGAGAGACAGCCCGCCGCCAGGAAGACAACCUGCCCUUGGUCUUUCUUGGGGCCCAGAACGUGUCCUUGGUCUCUCACGGGGCCCAGGAUCUGCCCCCACCCGUGCCGCCCCGCUUUCUCGAGUCCCCAGCUGGAGGAGCCGUAAGGAGGGAACGAGGUAUGAGGGAGUACCACGAUGCCACUCAGUCGACAGAGAGUGAAAAUGUGUAUGAGGAAGUUCCGGAGGGCGCGAUAAAGGCGUCCAUCUCGGUCGAGAGCGUGAACAGCAUUUACGGCACCGUUCCUUAGGCGCGAGUGGGUGCCUUUCGGCUCGCAAGCUUUCUUCAGGCGCAGAGUCAGGCCGCCUUCGCUCGGCUCUUUGGUGUAGUGUACUGACGCCUCAGCUUCCUACUUGCCGCUCUCGCCCCUGUGUCAGGCCGCAUAAGACUUCGUAACAUCCCCCCUCCGACCGUCCCUGGCGCCUGGCCGUGACGGAACCGAACAAUAGAUGGCGCAGAAGGUAACGCUGUAGAGGACCUGCCUGCAGGAGACGCUGACAAGCGAACGGGGACGCCUUGGACGAGAUGCUGCGGUUCUUACUGAGGAUGACAUGAUAUGUUGGACAGGCGUUUGGCCCUUAAAUACUUGAACUAACGCUUGAAAAUGCAAAUAAGUUGUUUGGCGCCAGAGCCUGGUUGGCUAACAAGCAUAAUUUUAUUUCAUUUUAUAUCUAAAACCAUGUAAAUAUUUUACCUUUCUUUUAUUUAUGUAAAAAAUGUCAAGUGUUUUUAUUAAAGACCACCGAUGUAAAUGUACAAUGAAUAUGAACAAUCUCACAGUAACUAAAAUAGAAGAUGUUACGCCUCAAAGAACAGACGCUGCGCAGACUCCGGAUUAUUAAGAGUACUCUUUUUUUUCGUGGAGGUUUUAUUUGUGUUUUGUUUUGUUAUGACUUGAUGGUGAUAAUGACUUUCACGUUCCUUUUACUUUAUUUUAACUAAUGAUGAAUUCAUAUAUAUUCCACUGAACUUGUGGAACAUGCUUGUUUGGUGGUAGCUCUGCUCAUUCGUAUUUCCUUAUUUUCUUUUAUUUGUCAAUCUUUCGUACUUUCGUAUAUUGACGAUACAACACAACAUUCAGGCCUUUCCUUCGGUCAGGUUAGAUAGAUAUAGCGUUGGCCACGAUCUUGAAAGCUUAUUACGCUACAAUAUGAUUGAUUCUAACCUGCCCUUAGUAACGAACUCUAAGUAUACUUUUGUGCCGAAACAGGAAGCACGAGAUUCUCUCUCACAUGCUC